GAUGAUUUGCUUACUUGGAGCAGGACUGAGUUUGGAGCGGGUACUGUGAAAUGUGUAACCAUGAUGUUGCCUGGAUAAUCAGCGGAGGACGUUAGGAGACAGAGACCUACAACCAGCUGAAGGCAAGCGAAGCAGGCAGGACAGCCACACCUCAUGCACGGCCUCAGCAAAGGUCCGAGUGGAUACGGGUCUGACAAACAUGGGUGUGCUCCAGCUCCACAAUCCCACUCACCCCAGCACGCUUCUGCAGCGGGCCAAUCAGAUGCGCCUGUCCGGCACUUUGUGUGAUGUCAUUAUCACGGUGGACGGCCAGGAGUUCCCGGCGCACCGCACCGUCCUGGCCUGCACCAGCAAAAUGUUCGAGAUCUUGUUCCACCGCAGCAGCCUGCGCUACGCCCUGGACUUCCUGUCCCCCAAGACCUUCCAGCAGAUCCUGGAGUACGCCUACACCGCCUCACUCCAGGCCACAGCCGAGGACCUGGAUGACCUGCUGUACGCAGCGGAGAUCCUGGAGAUCGAGUACCUGGAGGAGCAGUGCCUGAAGGUGCUCGAGACCAUCCAGGCAGAGGAGAGCGAGGAGGUGGCGGUGAGGAAUCACAGCUCCGGAGACCACAGUGACCACAACCGGGCCAGGCACUGGAGGCACAUGUUGAUGUCCAAGAAGCAUUCCAUACAGGAUGGACCCAACCGCACCACUCCCACUGCUCUACACCACCUGGCGCUGUACCACAUGACAGAGAGGAGUUCUCCUGGUCCAGAGCCUGAGGCGGCUCCUGAACUGAGCCCCAAGCUGGACACGGAGGUCGACAUGGAGAGUUCCCAGCAGCCUCAGCACCGCAGUGCAGAGUUAUCCCAGGCUUCAUCCCUGGAUCCUGUCAGAAGUAUUAAAUCUGAGAAUAUGCAGGUGGAUGAUGCCAAUGGCUGUGAGGGCAGGUCCUCAAGCACCGGAGAGGGAAGCUGCAUGUCAGACCAGCCCAGAGAUGAGGGCCCUGGGACGCCUCUGAGAGGCAGCGUGAUCACCAGCGCUCGAGAGCUGCACACAGGUCCCGAAGACGGAGGACAAGUGGUGGGCAACUCUCUUGACUGUUUCCCCGGGAUCGCUGAGAAACAUCUGGCCUCCAUAUACUCUGUGCCCUCCAACAACACAGGGGAGGGGAUGCUGCCAGUGUCCGUUUCAGUGGCCCCGUCACUGGGCGUGCCGCUGGACCCGAGGGCCUACAGCGGCCUGCUGCACCAGGGCUUGCUGCACAGGGAACUCCUGAGCAGGCUGGGCCAGUUUGCGGCAGGGAUGAGGCACGAGGGCCAGGCUCAAAGCCAGCAGUGUUGUGGCGAGUGUGGGCUUCAGCUGCACAGCAGGCAGGCCAUGGAGCAGCACAGGAGGCUGCAUAACGAGGAGAAGGGCCACGGCUGUGAAUACUGUGGCAAACACUUCCAGGACAGCAUGCGACUACGGAUGCACAUGCUGUCUCACACAGCUCCUGCAGAGGCGCUGGUGUGUGAUCAGUGUGGAGCAACAUUCUCCUCAGAGGAUGCUCUGGAAGCCCACAGGCAAACACACACAGGGACUGACAUGGCGGUGUUCUGUCUGCUGUGUGCAAAGCGCUUCCAGACCCAGAAGGCCCUGCAGCAGCACAUGGAGGUCCAUGCAGGCAUGCACAGCUACAUCUGUAGCCACUGUGAGCGCCCCUUCCCCAGCCACACUACCCUCAAAAGACACUUGCGCUCGCACACGGGCGAUCACCCGUUUGAGUGUGAAUUCUGCGGGAGCUGUUUCAGAGACGACGGCACGCUGAGGGGCCAUAAACGCAUCCACACAGGAGAGAAGCCUUAUGAGUGCAACGGCUGUGGGAAGAGGUUCAGCCUAAAACACCAGCUAGAAACACACUACCGUGUACAUACAGGUGAGAAGCCAUUCGAGUGUAAGCUGUGUCACCAGCGGUCCAGAGACUACUCGGCUAUGAUCAAGCACCUGCGCACUCACAACGGAGCGUCUCCGUACCAGUGCACCAUCUGCCAGGACUUCUGCCCGAGCCUGGCCGCCAUGCAGAAGCACAUGAAGGGCCACAAACCGGAGGACGUGCCGGCGGACUGGAGGAUAGAAAAGACUUACCUGUACGUCUGUUACGUCUGAGCAGGACUUGGACCCCAUGCACAGUCUGACACGCGUGCGCACACACACACACGCACACACACACACGCACACACACACACAGAGUCACUGUCGGGUGAAAACCUCGUAAACUCCAGUGUUGGUGAUUUUCAAAACUCCUUUUGAAUAAACUGAAAAAUGCAUUGUGGGAAGUUGUCAUUCUGGCAAGUGCAAGGUUUUUACCUGACGACAAAGACAUGCAAGCACGAAUACAAAUGUGUGUACACACUACACUAGGGCUGCUACUAAUGAUUGGUUUCAUUAUCAGUGAGAUUAUUUUUUACUACUAAGUGAUAAAUCUGGAAAGUCUGGAAAAUGUCAAAAAAUAGUCACAUUUUGGUGACAAGGUGACAUCUUCAAAUAGGUAGUUUUGCCCGACCAACAGCCCAGUCCAAAGAGAUUCAGUUAAUAAUGAUAUAAAACAGAGAAAAACAGCAAAUUCUAACAUUUUGAGAAGCAGGAAACCCAAAAUAUUAAACGUUUUCCCCCCCAAAAAUGACUUAAACGAUUACUAAAAUCGUUGACAACUAGUUUCUCUGAUUUACUGUUUCAGCCCUAGUGCACACAGACAUACACAGACACACAUUCUCCCUCCCUCGCACACACACAGUUUUGAUAAUAACUGUAUCUCUAAUGGAUCCACUGUGGUUAAAAUCAAUGCCACAAUGGCCGCGACUGCUGACCUGUAUGUGUAGCAGGAGCUUUUUUUGAUUGAUUGCUAAACCAUCAGGCAACCUGAGUCAUCUUCUAUGAUUGUGCAGUAGAUGUUGAAAAUAAUUCCACGAAAGCUUGAUUGGCUGAACUUUGCAACAUUUUCUCUCCUAAAUUCCUGUGACUUCUCAAGUUUUUUUGUUUUUUUUCUGCUGUUGGAUUUUUAUUUUGGAGUUGUUUAUUUUCUGCAUGUUUUACUUGAAUGGCUGCCACGUUUUGACCUCAUAAGCUUGAUCUCUUUAAUUGCCUUGUCUUUCUUGCAGUGGGUGUUAUUGUUUCGAGGUAGCUGGCUUACAAUUUGAGUUUCUCUUGCAAUGUAAUAGGUUUUGCUAUUUAUAUGUUGUUUAUUUGUUACCAAAUAUGUGCUGGUUUUCAUCACACAGUCGGUGUCUCUUGGGAUGAUUUCUAGUAGAGCGAGCUCUACCUCUCCUCACUUUUCACUGUUUGUUUUAAACCUACUGCAAACUAUUCGUCCAUUUAGUUGUUUUAAUUUUCUAACAAAUACAUCAGAAUUUAAAUGGUCAAACAGUGUGUAAAAAAUGCGAACAGCCUCAACAUGGCUUUUACGUGUAGUUUUUUAUCACUAACUAUAUAUAGAUGUCUUAUAAAAUCACAGAAUCAGAAUUUUCUAGGAGAAAAUUGAAGAAAACAUGAAAAGAAGUUGUUUUGUUUUUUUACAAAACCUGAAAAAGAAAAUUCUGACAUUGAAUCACUAUGAGCAGGUUAUUGUCAGUUAUAGUGUAGCUGUAAUGUACAAACUGUCAUGGUAUGUUAUUCCCUUAUGUGAGCCUAACACAGGCCUUAUAGAUUUAAACAUGUUGUAUUUUUGUAUUACAGUAAUUUGCUAUCUGUUUACAUUUGGUAUGAUUUGAGAAACAUCUUAAAUGUGUGUGUUUUAUAAGUCUCUGAUUUGAUUAAGAUCCCUCCCUUGUGCCUCUUUUAUAAGUAGAGCAUUGAUGUGCUUGAGUACAUGGGUCUGUGCUAUUGGUAGUUGUUUCUGGGUGUUUGUUUAUUGUUACUUAAUUAAAGAUAGACUGCCAUGUAGAUCCACUUUGUCUGAAAAUUGCAACUGGAAGCAACAUACUGUGAUAGUGGCUGAUACUCUGAGACAAGCGUGUACUUUUACAUUAAAAAUUGCUUGGAACGUGCAUCAAAUUGUUCCCUUCAAAAGUGACAAUGGACUGAGAUCUUUGGAAGAAAACCGUGUGUAUAGCAAAUCUUGGCGUCUGUGGGCAUUACCAAUGCCUUCUUAAGUAGCCAACAACACUCAGUGCCAUGAAAACACACAUUCACUGUAUCUAUUCUACAUGAACAUGCACUAUAAAUGGAUUUCCUUGGUGGACCAAAAGAAAUAGAGCACUUUUGUUUGAAAAGGGUUUUUCUUUGAUCUUUCUAUGUUGUGAUAAUGCAGAUGUCCUUUUAUUUGAUGUGUCCUAGAAGGAUGUGAUUAGCAUUGUUUAGAUUAUGUCAAUGUCUGUCUACCUCAGGGCCAGAUCAAAGCUCGACCUGGUAUCCAAUCAGGGUUGUUCUUCUUGCCAUGUGUGCAGUAAAAUCCCUCUUCAUUACAGCUUUGUAACACAGUGUGUGAAAGUGUUUUCUCAGUGUGGAUUCAGGCACAACUCUGUAUGCGUCAGUGUUCGGUGGCAUGGUUAAAAAAAGAAUAAAACAAGUUACUAUUUUA